AUGGAUCUAUCAAAAGCCCGAGUAAGUCCAUUGCAAUCUAUUAGUAUACCAAGACUUGAGUUACUUGGAGCUGUCCUCGGUUUACGACUUGCAGAGAAGAUUGUCAAGGCAUUGAAGCUGGAAACUAAGGACGUAACUAUAUGGUGUGAUAGUCUUAAUGUUUUAUGGUGGAUAAAAAAUCAAAGUCGAAAGUUGAAACCAUUUGUUGCCAACCGUGUUGGAUUCAUUCAAUCAAAGACUGAACUAAAACAAUGGAGAUACAUACCAACAAAAACUAAUGUAGCUGAUUUACUAACAAGAGGAACAACAGUUAAAUUCUCAUGUUGGAAAAAACUUGUCAGGAUAAACGGCUGGAUCCAUCGGUUCAUAGGAAAUUGUCGAUUUGAAACAGACUUUCGUAAAAAGGGUGAUAUAGCAGCUGAUGAAUAUCAUGAAAGCGAAAAAGAAAUCAUAGCUAAAGCUCAAAAAGAAAGCUUUAAAGAAGAAUAUAGCAAAAUUGAAAAAAGAAAACCGAUAUCGAUAUCUAGCAAAAUCAUUUCUUUAAAUCCGCAAAUCGACGAAGACGGAUUAUUGCGAUCUUGCAGUCGAUUGCAAAACGCCCAUUACUUACCCUACGAUGUCAAGUAUCCAAUCAUUUUGCCGAGAGGACAUACAAUAACAAAAUUGAUUGUUAAGCAUUACCAUGACGAAGCCAAUCAUGUGAUGAGAACAAAUCAAUUAUUAACAAAACUAUCAAAACGAUAUUGGGUAAUACGAGGACGAGAAGAAAUCCGAGAUGCAGAAGCAAAAUUCAACAAAUGUAAAUUAAGAAGAUGUAAACCUGCUCAACAGCUGAUGGCCCCUUUACCAGCAAUGCGUUUUAAAAAACCACUACGUGCGUUUGCUAGAAUUGGGAUCGAUUUUGCGGGUCCAUGUCUUACUAUGCAAGGAUGUCGAGAACUAAACGAAAUUGUCAACGACUUAGAUAAGGAUAAAAUUACUAACUCUACAGCUGAUAAAGGAAUCAAGUGGCACUUUAAUGCUCCGCUAGGACCUCAUCUUGGCGGUGUAUUUGAAAUAAUAGUCAAAGCUGUCAAACGUGCAACGACUGGGAUACUCGAAAAAGCCGAUAUUACAGAUGAAGAACUCUGUACGGCAUUUACAGGUGCUGAGAGUUCAUUGAAUUCUUGCCCACUAACAUAUCAGAGUGCCAAUAUAAAAGAUAAUAUUCCAUUAACUCCAAAUCAUUUUUUGAUUGGGCAAGUUGGUAGACAAUUUGCACCUGACUCAGUUCAAUCUAAAGGCUAUCAUCCUAAAAAGCGCUGGCGUCGAGUGCAAGAACUACUAAGUCGUUUUUGGAUGCGAGAAUGGCUUCCAUCUUUAUCUAAAAGAUAUAAAUGGACUCAGAAAAAACGCGAAAUAAAAACGGAUGAGAUUGUGUUAGAUUGUGUUAAUUUCUCCAGAUACAUCUAG